GAGAGGAUAGGGCCCCAUUGUUGCCUCCAGCCCCUGCAGGCCCUGUACAACCCUUAGUUCCCCUACGACUUCCAUCCAGGUAUGAUGGCCAGUAGUAAUAUAUCCUACAACCCGAAACCCGCUUACACUUUUUCCGAUAUUUUCAUAUUCAAAGAUAAUAAGAAAACCGAUCCAUCCUGUUGCCCCGUUUGCGGCUUAAGCGUUAGAAUAGGUGAUUUGGAUUCGCAUUUCAUCCAAGAACUGGAAAAACUGUAUAAAAUUUCAACGACGAAUCGAUUUAGAAGAAAUAAAGAACACUUGACUUCGUCCUCGGACGGUUCUUUGGAAAAUAGAUGGGAGGCGUAUUUAAGGAUAAAAUCGAACAGGCAUUGUCGGCUGAGGAUGAAAACCCGGAAGAAAAAACCGGAUGACGUUGUAUGCCCGAUUUGCAACGAAAAUGUAUUCGGAAGUAUGCAACAACUCAACAGUCAUGUGGAACUAUGCCUAAGAAAACAUGGGACAUAUAGUGAACAAGAGGAAGAAGAAACAGUGGAUGUUGAAGGUGAAGGGGAUUCUUACGAAGAUUAUGAAUGGUCGGCUCAGAGCAGAGUACCUUCAUCGAUGUUAUUGAACUCGUACGAUGGCGUUGCUUCAAGGCAAAACUGUGCAAAUUCGAGGGUCAGCGGGGAAGAAAACAGGAAAUCCGACCUUGCAGCCGAGCGAGAAGAUUCAUCCCAUUACGGACCGAUUCAGUAUACCGAUGCAGAUUUGGUGCUAUCCCUCACUGUAGAUUCGAAUCAAGAACCAGAAGAAAAUGCAGAGAGUCCAACAUCCCAAAUUACAAUGCACCCAAAAGACUUAUGUAAUAUUGGUAAAAAAUCGGAGAAUUCCUCGAUUGACAGCGAUGCCGAGAGGGCCAAUUCCUCAGACAAUGAUCAUGUCAUUCAAGCACUGAAGCAUAGAAUCAGAGAACUUGAAACCAACUAUAGUUCAGAGCAUAAGAUGUUAUGUCUUAUAUGUAAGGAUCAAUAUGUUAAACCAUUGGUCUCUGUUGCAUGUUGGCAUGUCCAUUGUGAGCAAUGUUGGCUACACACACUCGGGGCGAAGAAACUUUGCCCACAGUGUAAUAUGAUAACAUCCCCGACUGAUUUAAGAAGAGUAUUUAUGUGAUCCUGCCAUUGAGUGUUCAAUAAAUGCGCCAUUCAUAUACAAAUAAAUAUCAAUUCUACUUAAAAUUAUCGACGGUUUAUAGUAUUGUUUCAUUACAAGAUUUUAAAUUCAUUAUAUCAAAAUAGUCGAGUGACAGUUUCAUCUAAAAAAGAUGCUUAGAGCCGAAGGUCAAGCAUGAUUCUCAUUUCAACUUAUAAUUUAUACCAAAAUAAUUGAUUGUAUUAAAUUUAUUUAAAAACAAAUGAUGAAAAAAAAGAGUUGGAAAUAUCUGUAUACAUAAAGAAUUUUAACUAUAUUUAAAUGAAGUAUUGUAUAAUUAUUGUCGUUCAUUUAUUAAAUAGCUGACAUAGGGAAAUAUUUAAAAUGUAAACCUGCAAAAUAGUGAAUUCUUUGUUGUUUAUGUGCUUAAAGCCAUCUCAUGU